AUGCGUUAUAUUGCAGCAUUUGAUGGUGCGAGCAUCGACGUUACUACGGUCAAUGCCGAUGUCAUGAAGAAUUUGCUGGCUGAAAGCACGACGAUGGGCACAAAAACAUGCCUCGAUGUUAUGUUAACGCCGAAAACCAUCAAAUCCGGCUUCCGAACAACUGGCAUCUACCCGUUCAACCCGCAAAUUUUCACUGAAGUUGACUUUGUCGCUUCGGAACUGAGCGGCGAAAAUUUGUUCGGUGACGAAGAGAAAGACGCCGACAAUCAACGUCGAGUUCUUGCCUCUGGUGAUGCCAUUGUGACUGCUGCGAAUGAGGAGGUGUCAACGUCGGAGGCAUCGAUAAGUGCACCAGCUUCAACAAGUGGUGCUGCAUCAUCGUCGUUGUCUCUUGUUUCGGCUCCACAGCUCCGUGAUGCAUUGAAAUCGGUUGGCCCGUUGAAAUUGGGCACACCUGCGCCGAAAUCAAAACGUGGCCGCAAGACAAUGGAGUCAACGAUUUUGACAUCGCCUGAGGUUGUCGCAGAUCUGCGUGACAAGGCCGAAAAAAAGCGGCAAAAAUUGACGAAGGCAGCCGAUGAACCAGCAGCCAAGAAGCAAAAAGGCCGUGGCAAAUCGAAGACGCCACAGAAGAGAAGCCCGUCUCCGACCGAAACCGACAUCGACAAAAGAUGCCGAAGCACGAGAAUCGUCAAAACACGGCCCAUUGCAUCGUUUGUGAUCGAGGGGUUCACUUGA